AUGGAGAAACCGUCAUAUAAGCUGGUGGGUUCUCCAUGCGGCCAGCACGGACAGUACACGUUCUACAAGGCUAUCAGGUUGACCGGGAAACGGGAGAGAAUCGUCGCUAUCGGCGACUUCUUCUUCGUGAGGAUUUGGCAGGACUCCGAGCUGGUGUCCAUUGGUGAAUUGCAGCUUCUCUGGACGGACCGCGUCUCUGACCAGACCCUGGUCAGCCUUCGGUUGUACUUCUUACCCGAGAACACGCCCGACGGCCGUGGCCAACAUGGAGAGGACGAGGUGCUCGCAAUCAACGACAAAGUAGUGGUCCGUGCGGAGGAUCUGCUGAGCUGGGUGUGCGAAGGCACGGGUUGGCGAUGGGGGCUCCGAGCAGUUUGGAGGGGAGCGUGCGCCCCGCCUGCGGACCCUCGGCUCACCGCGCCGCUCCAUCAUACGAAGCUGGACUUCAGUGAUAUAGAACGGGAGAAAAACGCAAUUACCGUGGACGCGGACAGCCCGGGCGUGAUGGUGUUCUCGUAUCCUCGCUACUGCCGGUACAGGGCGUUGCUGUCCCGCCUCGAGGGGAUCCAGGCCGACUGGCUGCGGGACUCCCUGGUGGCCGCGCUGGGGGGAUACGCGGCGCCCACUAAGAACACCAGGAUUUUGUAUUGUAAGGAGACGUUCGAGUACCCUGAGCUGGAGGGACACGAGUUUGUGUGCAACCACCUGGCGCCGCGGCUGAAGGGCAGGCCGCGCGGCCGGCGCCGGCGCGCGCGCUCGCGCUCCGCCUCGCGCUCCGACACCGACAGCGAGCCGCGGCCCCACCCGCCGCCGCCGCCGCCGACGCCCCGGCGGCUGUCCCUCCGGAACGGCGCCCCCGUGAAGCAGAGCGAGGGGGAAGAAGACGAGGACAGCAAGAAGACUGAAGGGGAGAACAAGGACGACAAGGCGUUCCUGCAGGAGCUCCGGCAGUUCUACAAGGGACGGAAUGAGAGCUUGAAGAUGGCGCCCACGUUGAAGCACUUGUCUCUACGUGCAUUGUACGUUGGCGUGGCGUCCCGCGGGGGCUACGAGGCCGUGUGUCGCGCUCGCCUGUGGCGGGCGCUGAGUCCUGAACAGCCGGCCAGGGCCAGGAGACACUACGAGAGAUUUCUACUACCCUUCGAGAACCACGAAAGGAAAAACGGCUCGAAGAUAUUCCAGAAGAUCGCCAACGGUCUCCACGACGAGCCAAAGACGAUAGACACCAUAGAAGUCCACGACUCCCCGCUCCGGGAAGUUGAGAACCCGAAGGAGUUACCCGAGAAGAGAUUGAGAACGCCGUCGCCCAAGACGAUCGAGGAGGAGAGAACACAGAAAACGGAAAACCUGAUCUUGGACAACGAAACCGGCGAAAUCACCAAGGAGGACUUGAUCAUCACUUCGAAACCGGCCGAGGAGUUGAACAGAGAGUUCCUAGAGUCUUUACCCAAGGAAGAGGAAAAACCGUUAAAAAUAACGGUGAAACCUGUGGAGAAGCUGAUAGAGCCAAACGUUAAAUUAACUGAUGAUCCUGUGGAAACGAAAGUACCUGCUGAAGUACUCAACGACACGAAACCGGACUCGAGUCAAGAGGGUGGGGUGUUUUUGAACGAGUUGGCACAGAAGUUGAAUUUAGCGAGUACAGAUGCUGCGUUACUGCAGCAGCUGGCUGUCGGAGACAGAAGAACUCUCAACGGUCAUCUCACGCCCCUAAAUCCUGUACCCACUUCACAACCAGCUCAAAACGACCAGCGAAACACUCGUCCGGUGGGGCGAAGCUCCCUUCGAGCCGUCAGAGUGAAACCUACGCGACCGCUGACGGCCACCGUUACGCCGGGCGCGGGCGUGGCCGCAGCGCCGGCGCUCAACAACUUCGGCAUCCACCGGCCGCCGCACGCCGACGACGACAUCGUCGAGAUACCAUUCAAACCAAAAUCGCCAGAAAUAAUAGACCUGGAUGAGUACCCGGAGAGCCCGCAAGGAAUCAAGAAGAAGAAACUGGACAUCCUCAAAGAGCGGGGUCUAGAAGUGACAGCCGUCCCACCGGCCUGGCCCAUACAACCGGUUCUCGCUAAUCCCAUAACGCCCCUAAUUAAUCCCACCCCCAUAAUCCUGAACCCAGCCAUGCAGCACCAAAUAAUGACGCAAGCUCAACUAUUUCAAAUGUACAACAUAAUUCCACCAAACAUACCCAAUGGCGUCCAACCCCCCAAAGUUAUACAGGCGACUAGCAUCUUCGGGUCUUCCGGACCUGAGAAGACGGUUUACGGGAACCCAAAAGACCCUUUCAUGCCCCCACCCCACAUCCUCCACGGGACCCCAGUUAAGCCGCAAAGAAGUAUCCAGACCCCAACAACGCCACCGCAAGACAUCCUCGACCUCACCUGCAAAUCCCAAACCCCACCACAAAAGCCGGCGGUCGAAAUAGUCCGGUUACCGUCAUCCCCACCAAAAACGCCAACAGCUCAAAACCUAUCAAAGAACUACACCCUACUCGACGGGAAAGCGGUAGUCGGUUCGAACUUGGAAAUCACUCUAGUCAACCCCAAAUCCCAAACGCCGCCCAAGAGACCGCCUCAAAAGCGUUCCUCCAACGGGAAGUUUAUGUCCGCGAAAACCCCCACACCGCCGAAAGAUUACACCAAACCGUACCCACCUCCAUCCCCAUCAGGGUUGCAGAAGAAGAACCCGAUCGUGGUACCAAACUACCAAGUCAAUUCGACGAGAGACGACACGUCCCCAAGUUCCACCGGCUCUAGGGAUUCCCAGACCAAUACUUUGCCGAGUAAUCCCCCAAAGGUCCAAAACAGCCUGGCACAGAUCAUGGAGAUGCAGAAAUCAGUUCCCAACAUCACCCCGUUCAUGGACCCCGUGUACAUGAGCGCCCUCUAUAGUAGCUUGGGCCAAAUGGACCAGAGGCAACUGGCCAUGUACAGGGACUUCAUGGCCAACCAGUUCAGAGGGUACUCCGGCCUGUUGAAUAUUGGAACGCCUACAACGAAGAAUUAA